AUGAUGAACUUAUUUGGAAAGAAGAAGACACCAACGUCUACGGUGUCUGCAACUUCCACCAGACAGGCGACUGAUCCUCAACAAACUGUCGUCAAACUGAGAGAGACCAUCGCCAAUCAAGAAAAAAGAGAAGAGCACUUGCAGAAGAAGAUUGAUCAAAUUGUGAAGGAAGCGAAACUCAAGAUGUCAAAGGGUGACAAGAAAGGUGCUCUAUUUGCAAUGAAACGAAAAAAGUUAUACGAGCAGGAGCAAGACAAGAUUGCGAAUGUCAAGAUGACUCUUGAAACACAAGUAAUUAGUUUGGAAUCGGCCGCACAAAACGCAAUGACAUUCCAAGCAAUGCAAGCAGGUACAAAGACAAUGGCAAAGAUUCGAGACGAUGUUGGAAUAGAAAAGGUUGAUGAUGUCAUGGAUGAAAUCAAGGAAGAAAUGGAAUUGGCGCAAGAAAUCAACGAUGCCAUUGCCCAACCUAUUGAUCCGCUUCUUAUGGCAGAUGAAGAUGACUUGUUGGCGGAACUCAACGAUCUGGAAACAGCAGACUUGGAGGCCGAAUUGCUCAAACCACCACCAACCGCAGAAUCAUCCUUUUCGUUACCAGAUGCUCCCAGAAACGAAUUGCCAGCACUUGCCAAGAAGGAAGAAGACGACCUCAAGGCACUGGAAGCAGAGUUGGCAGGAUUGUAA